AUGUACUUGGCUGAUUUUUGGUUCGCCUUUGAUAUUGACUCUGCCUUAAUGGAGUGUUUGAAAAUGUUGCCUGACAGGAGAACGCUACUGAAAAUUUUUGCAUCCAGAAUUUUUAAGAAAGUUUUGAAAGAAUGCAGUAUAGUUUAUGGAGGCCGAUAUUUCCUUGAUGAAGCUCUCAAUCAGUCAGUUGAUAUCUUAGGGAAUGUUGUUGUAGUUAUUCAAAAGAGAAUGCUAAAAGAAUAUCUUGAACUCGUAGCAAAUAAGGAUGCUAGGUGUGUGGUACACAUCGAAUCAAUUAUGAAACUAUUGGAGUUGAAUGUCUUAGGUGUUGUAUUCUUAUGGAAUGAGGUAGAUCUAGUAGCAUUUGAGUUACAAGAUAUAACCACAGGGGCCAGAAAAAUGGAGUACAAGAAGCAGGGAGAGGAGCUUGAUAUUCGCGGGAACUUUGUUAUUAUUAGUAAAGAGUUGGUGCUUGAGCGAGUUCUUCAACUGUGUAGAACUCGGGAUAUUCAGUUGGUGUUAGCUGCUAAAGAACAUCAAGAAGGUUCGAUGUUCUAUAGAUCCCAAGGUGGAAUUGGUGCCAUUUUGAAGGCCAAGGAGGAGAUAUGCAAGCUGCUUGAAGAGGAAAGGAUGAGAAAGGUGCCUGAUUACUAUGGUAGGUUUUGUAGAUCAUGGUUGCUCAUACUUCUACUUGGUUUUGUACUUUUUGAUGUUUGA